CAAUGUGAAACCGCAGAAGAAGGACUAAAAAUGGUAGCGCCCUGAGAGUUUUCCCGUGUACGUUAGCUAAUAUGGAAACAAGAUUUGGGCUGCUAAAUGAAAAUCUACUUAACCACUCCAAAAACACUUUACAGAUAGCUGUACACCAGUCCAUCGUUUUUAAGAUGCUAACGACGUGUCGUUAAACCUUACGUGGCAGUGUAGGCUUUUAAGUAUCUCGUUUGCGUGAUAUGAUAGCAGAAUGGCCACGCCAAGGAAGGGAAUGAAGAAGGAGAAAAAGAAGCCGAUCCCGGUGAAAACGUCCCUCAAUAACCCGUACGACCUUAAAUGGACGCCCCUAGAAAAGGGCCAUGCGGGAUUCAUUCUGAAGACGGUGAAGGAGAAAAUCGACACGCUUGGUUUGAAGAAAAGACGCGUGAGCGUCGUCCGCAAAUGGCAAAAACGAAAGACGACGGAUGAGCCAACUACGUCCCCCAGUGGCCCCGGUGAAUCGUCUCAGCAGAUCAAGUGUAUAGAAGCGACCACCGCACCGGGGAGCUGGACCGACCGGGAUAUGAGAAAACAACUGGCGAUCGGCAUCAACGAGGUCACCAAAGGAUUAGAGAGAAACGAACUUAGCUUGCUGAUGGUGUGCAGCUCGGUCAAGCCCUCGCAUAUGACGAGUCACCUGAUCCCACUGAGUAAGACCAGAUCGGUGCCGGCGUGCCAGUUGCCUGGUUUAAGUAAGACAAUUUCGGGGUGUCUCGGUCUUGACAGCGUUCUGGCGCUGGGCUUCAAGCGAGGGGCCGACAAGUUCGCAGACACCGUUGAUGCUAUCGCACCAAAAGUACCGAGGCUUGACGUGGCCUGGGUUCCUACGGAAAGGAAAUUAUUUGUACUUGGAAACGAUGGAGCCGGAGAGUCGCGCUCGGAGGGAGCGGAGCAGCAGCCUGAAGAGUCCCACUCAGCCCCGGCGAAGGGGCGAAAGAGGAAACUUUCUACCGAGGCUGCAGAGGCGCCAGAAGUGUUGCUCCAGCCCCUGAAAGUAAAGAAAAUCAUCCCGAAUCCCUCCAAAAUCCGUAAAACGAAGCGAACGAAAACGAAGCAAAAGAGAACACCGAUGGCUUGAUCCUUGUUGAAUGACCGAACAAUAUUUCCUUUGUUUAUA